UCCUUAUCUAUGAAAUACCUCAUUGGUUUGCCUAUGUGGUGAUUGGUAAAUAUUAUACCUGUAAUGGGUAACUGGCCACAAAGUGAUUGUCUUGCCUUUUGGAUAUGAUAUUUGUAUUUCCUUUCUUAGGAAAAGGCCGGGAUGCUUCAGACUAUACUAUCAGUAUUCAGCCGACACCGGUGCAAUGAUAGUGACACAUCUUUUAGAACUAUAACACACUCCGUUAAGUCUGUAGUGAAAAAUAUCCAAGAUUUGCGAAGAUCAAAUAGAAGAAUAUUAAAAAUUGAAGAUUACAUAAAUAGUAAAUCAGAUCGACAAGGGUUUUUGGUAAGAAAGAUUGACGACAUAAAAGUGAAUGGAAGAUGGAAUCUAAUUUGAAUGGACUUUUAAUUCAAACUGGACUUGAAAACGCCGAUUCUGUAUAUGAACUGUGUUUAGGAUCAAACUUUUCCCCUAGCGAAAUAUUAAAACGAGACUCAAAUCUUACUCUACGUGAUUGUCAAAUUACAGCGUGUGCGCAACGACUUUGGUUGAAUCAAAAAUAUGAUUUAGAUGGUAUUGUCGCAACUUUUUCCUCUUUGAAAGACAUCCUUGUUCCGUUUUCUUAUUUGAAUAUACUACCGCGUGGAAGAAACAGUAUGAUGCCAGUAUUCAAUAUAUUACGAAAACACUUAAAACUGGAAGUAUACAAUAAAAAAGCUUUACAAUACUUAAGAUGGACCCAAGGAAUACAAAUUGUAGGCGACCACGGUUUUCAGUUUUUGAUUACUUUGUUACCAAAACCCGGACCAAUGAGAUUAUUUAAGAAUUACAGCCGCCAACAAAUCGAAAACUUGCAAUUUGAAUUUUACGAAUCUUUUAGGACAUCAUUAGCAAAUAAAUGCAAAGCUUUGCCAGAACAAGAUAUUACAAGAAAUACAUUCAAGAAAAACAAGAUAAUUGAUAUAAGAACCUGGCAUGUCCUACCAGAUGACAGGGAAUUUGUCUUAAAUCUCUUAUGCCAAACGGAAAACUCUCUACCUCGUGACGAAAAUUUUGAAUUCAUCAUCAUAGCCCACCGUUUUGGGGACAGAAAUAGCAAUGCUAUGAAAAUUACGGAAUAUGAUACUGCAAACGCAUCAACAACGAUACAUGCGGCCGUAACAUUGUCAUCCCCAAUUUUGAACCAAAACCUGUUUUGGUCACGAAGCGGUAUACAGGACAUAAUUGGUGAUCGUGGAUCUUUAUAUUCGUCACUAAGUUUUCGCUCCUGUUGUAAUUUCCAGACAAAUUUAGACGGCAGAAGUAUUGACAUUUCUAGAGAUUUAAGACAGUUGUGCACAUGCCCUGAGACAUUGCGGUUUUUGCAAAUGUAUGCCGAUUUGCCACAUAUGAGUUCAUCUUCUAUCCAUCCCGUCUUCGGAUGUAUCGCUUCGUGUGGUGUAUUACAUGGUAAUAUUCAAAAAGCUCUUGAAAACAGAGCAUCUGAUUAUUUAACGUCAAUACAGGAAAAUAUACUAAAAUUAGGAAUAUCAAACGCAAGGCUUGAAAUAGUGUGUGAAACCAAAAAAGAGAAUGUGCUAUGUGCUGAAAGCUAUAUAUCAAAAAGUGCACUAUCAGUCCUGUUAACAAAGUAUCCAAUCAUUGUUCCAAUUAUUAAUGACUUAUACAAGGAAGACUUUAGCUUCACAAAAUCUAUUCGCAUGGUAGGAACAUAUUUAUUAGAAUCUCUAAGGGAUCUUUAUGCCAAAAAUUGUAAAAUGGGUGGAUUUUUAAACGUUUGGAAAUGUUACCAGUACGAGCUUGCAUGUGAAAUAUUAUUUAAAGGUCGACCUAACAGUGCAGCAGAUAAUAAUUUUGGAAUAAACUUAGGACCAGGAGGUUGUUUUCCAAGUCGUUGUUCGACUUGGGAACAAGGCUUUUUAUGCCUUGAUGAUGCUACAGCCUGCGCAUUUGAUGAAUGUUCCUUGCCACCUCUCACAUUUUGGGCUUUAAAUGAAUGCCAAAAGCAAAGCAUUAAAAAAAUUGUAAAUUUUUCCGGUGUGAUGGAUGGCGGUAUAAUAGCUGUUGGUAUUCGGUCAGUGAUUCUUUUGAUACACGAUUUACAGACAGAUCCUAGCCGUAUAGCCAAAUGUGAUCGCUCACUUUUAUCGGAUCUAAGAACACAGGACCUUCCAUGUUGGGCUGUUCUAGCCGGACAAAUAACUGUACAUAAUUUGUGUGGAAGACUUUGUAGAAAGAAAAUCUAUAAACCACCAUUUGUUUUUUGGCGAGCUAUUGAAUUCAUCGAAAUGCUGCAAAUGAAACCUGUUGAUGUUUUAGAGAUUGGAUUUAAUCAUUUUAAACUCAAUUACUUUCCGGAUGUUCGGUUUACUGAUAGAGCAAACAAUAGCAAAAUGCACUGGCCUAACAACGGAGUUGUACGAAUAACAGGGUAUAGCAAUGAAAACUCUGUGUUAGCUAAAGCAAGUCAGUUCUCAACAGAUGUUAUUUGGUUUCUUGAAAACGAAGGUUUAGUGCAUAUGUCAAAGUUUAGAGAAUAUUUGUCAGUACAGGAAAAUUUUACGUUUCCAUGGAUGUGCAGCAUACUUGAAAAACUCUCCGAUUAUUCUGCAACAAACGAUGUGUUAUUACAGGUAAUAUCAUAUCUUUCGUGUAUAGGACUUUUACAAAAUCGUUGGUAUGUUCAUUAUUGUAAGUUCUCAAAGCUUCACAAUAGAAUAUUAACUAUCAUUCCAAAAAUCGAGUCGGUCCUUCAAAGUCGUGAAAUUCUUUCCAGAUUUAGGCUUAAUUCAAUUCAUAGAUUGCAUAUUUUUAGAUUGCAUUCAUCUUUAGAAUUAUCUAUACCAGAACCAGUAACUAAGAUUAGCACAGUUUCAUCAGAAGACGAUUUAACAGACGAUGAUAAUAGAAUAUCCACAGAAAACAAGGAUGACUCAGAUGACUCUAGUACAGAAGAACCUCCCAAAAUCGAACAUGAGAACAUAACGAAAGACGGAAGACGACAUUUACCAGCCGGACUAACUAUGAAAUGGAGUAGUAACGAAAUUGAGAUCCUAGACUUUAUUAUAUCUUUGAAAAUACAAUCUGAGAAAGAUGCAUAUAUGCGUUAUAAGGCCGCAUGUACAUCCAGACGUAUUGCAGACCGUUCUUUUUCCGCAUUUAAAUCAAAAUACCAUCGUUUGAUGAAAUCAUAAGAACCAUUUAUUGUUCGAAUAUCUGACUUAAAUGAAUGCUACAUUGAUGAGAAUCAGUGUUAUGAUGCUCAAUGAAGUCAAACAAAAGAGACACGUGACACAUUUGGUAGUAAAUAAAAGAUCUGGCAUAUAAA